CCAUAGUCCCCAACUAAAAGGAGCCUGAUCGGAAAGUUUAUCCCCACCCCUGUUGAGUCCCCAAUUCUCACUGCCUCACAAACAAAACCCCAGAAGAAGCAGCAAAAGCUAUGUCACCCGGACCCGUUGUUGAGGCUGCCGAACCCGAGACCGAGCUCCAGGUCCCCAUCGUCGACGAGCCCCUGAAGAACGCCCAACCUCUGAACGAUGAGGUUGUCGUCGAGGAUGUGAAGGAGGAUGACGAUGACGAUGACGACGACGACGAUGACGACGACGAUGAGAAGGAGGAUGAGGCUCAAGGUGCAAAUGAGAGUUCUAAGCAGAGCAGAAGUGAGAAGAAGAGUCGCAAGGCAAUGUUGAAGCUGGGAAUGAAACCUGUUACUGGUGUUAGUAGGGUCACCAUCAAGAGAACAAAAAAUAUACUGUUUUUCAUUUCAAAACCUGAUGUCUUUAAAAGCCCACAUUCUGAGACCUAUGUCAUAUUUGGCGAGGCAAAGAUAGAGGAUUUGAGCUCACAAUUGCAGACACAGGCUGCCCAGCAGUUCAUGAUGCCAGACAUGGGAUCCGUUAUGGCAAAACCAGACACUUCUGCUUCUGCUGGAGUGCAGGCAGAUGAGGAAGAGGAGGAGGUUGAUGAAACUGGGGUGGAGCCUCGGGACAUUGAAUUGGUCAUGACACAGGCAAGUGUGUCAAAGAGCAAGGCUGUCAAGGCUCUCAAGGCUCACGAGGGGGACAUUGUCAGUGCUAUCAUGGAGCUCACCAAUUAAAUAAAUAAAAAAAGGCUCCAUACUCUAUCAUGCGGUGUUGCUUUUUCUGAUGAUGAGUUUUUGAAAUUUAUGUUACCAUUUAGUUAUUUCAGUCGAUUUGGCUAGCAUCAAUCUUGUGGGUUAAAUUACCUUUUUGUUUUUGUUGGACUUGGACAGUUUUCAGUCACAGUGAGGUUGUGUAGCCUGCUGAAUUACACUCUUGAGUAAUUAAGGUUUUUGUUACUGGUUU